CCGCGUGGGGUUGGGGCUGGGGGUCCGCGUUCCCAAGAUGGCGAGCAGGCUGCGGGCGGCGGCGGCGGCGGCGGCGGCUGCGGGGGCCCUAGGGCCUUUUUCCAGACUCCAAAGUCCAUUUCCAGCCAUAAGAACUUUUUCCACGUCACAGCCCCCGUGUGAAGUGGCAGACUCUGUCUGGAAGCUGGGUCGACUCAAUCAUGUAGCCAUAGCAGUGCCAGAUUUGGCAAAGGCCUCGGCAUUUUAUAAGAAUGUUCUGGGGGCCCAGGUAAGCGAAGCAGUCCCUCUUCCGGAACACAGAGUAUCUGUUGUUUUUGUCAACCUGGGAAAUACCAAGAUGGAACUGCUUCAUCCCUUGGGCAGUGACAGUCCGAUUGCAGGUUUUCUGCAGAAAAACAAGGCUGGAGGAAUGCAUCACAUCUGCAUUGAGGUGGAUAACAUAAACAUAGCCAUGGCGGAUUUGAAAAAAAAGAAGAUCCGUACUAUAACUGAAGAGGCCAAAAUAGGAGCACAUGGAAAACCAGUGAUUUUUCUCCAUCCCAAAGACUGUGGUGGAGUUCUUGUGGAACUGGAGCAAGCUUGAUUUAUAUUUGCAGGAAACUUAACUGAUCUAAAAAAUUCUUACCAAAAUUCAAAAUGACAACAGCAACUCGAAAGAUUAGAUAGGAACCUUAGGGAGCAGUGAGUUUAUGUUAAUGGGGGAGGAACAACUCAGAAAAGCAGAGUGAGAAUGAUUGCACAACUCGAGGAAUGUAAUCAAUGCCACCGAAUCAUACAUGUAGGAAGGGUUGAAUUAGGUAUGUUUGCUGUAUAUGUUCUCAACCACAACAACAAAAUAGAAUUAAAACAAACAUCAAAAUAUACUGUGGAGCCCAUGAUUGCUUCUAUGGUUGUGAUAGUUACAAUUGUGUGUGAACUUGGCUGGGCCAUGAUUCUCAGUGUUCUGGCAGUUGUAAUGUUGUGAUCACCUCCCUUUGAGAUUUGAUACAUGAUCAUACCCAUGAUGGGAUCUGCUGAGUGGUACUGGUGGGGUCAGGGCCUGUGGAGCCUCACCACCGCCUCAGCCUUCAUCUCUUCACCCCUUGCUGCCUAGUCCUUCCUGUUCUUUUUACUGGGGUUUUGUUUGUUCUGGAUCCUGCAGCUGGCUCCUACUCGUCUGACCUCCAGUUCUUGAGACUUGGGCUAGCAGCUUACCUGCGGUCUUGACUGCUGAUCUUGAGAUUCGUCAGUCUUUCACAGCCUGCAACAGCUCUGCUUUCCAGCCUGCUGAUCUUGGGUUCACCAGCCCCUGAGACUACGUGAGUCAGCAGAGGCCUGCAACACCCCUGCUCUCUGACCUGCCGAUCUUGGGUUUGCCAACCCCUGUGGUUACGUGAACCUGGAGAAGACUCUUUCCUGCCCUACGGACUUGGGACGUUAUAGCCUGAGCCAUUUCCUUGGUACAAAUCUCUCUGUCUAUAUAUAUUUAUAUGCUUUACUGGGUUUGUUUCUCUAGAGAACCCAGCCUAAGACAAUCACUUAAAAAUUCAAAGUUAAAAGUUAAAUGAAAGUUCAAAAGAAAAAAAUACAUACACACACAAAUAUAUAUUUAAUUAACAAAUUACAUUAAAUAACAUGUAUAUAAUUAACAUGUAUACCUGUUUAUGAUACAGGCUUACCUUGGAGAUACUGCUGGUUCAGUUCCAGACCACCACAAUAAAGCAAAUAUUACAGUAAAGCAAGCCACACGAAUUUUUUGGUUUCCUAGUGCAUAUAUUUAUACUAUACUGUAGUCUGCUGAGUGUGCAAUAGCGUUAUGUCUAAAAAAACCAAUGUACAUACCUUAAUUAAAAAAUAUUACUGAGAAAUGCUAAUCUUCAUCUGAGCCUUCAGCAAGUUGUAAUCUUUUUCACGGUGGAGGGACUUGCCUUGAUGUUGAUGGCUGCUGACUAAUCAGGGUGGUGGCUGCUGAAGGUUGGAGUGGUUGUGGCGAUUUCUAAAAAUAAGAUAACAAUGAGGUUUGCUGUGUUGAUUGGCUCUUCCUUUCAUGAAAGAUUUCUCUGUAGCAUGUGAUGCUAUUAAAUAGAAUUUUACCCACAGUAGAACUUCUUUCAAAAUUGGAGUCAGUCUCCUCAAACCCUAUUCCCUGCUCUAUCAACUAAAUUUAUGUACUAUUCUAAAUCUUUUGUUGUCGUUUCAACAGUGUUCGCAGGAUCUUCACUAGGAGUAGAUUGCAUCCCAAGAAACCACUUUCUUUGCUCAUCUGUAAGAAGGAACUGCUCAUCUGUUCAAGUUUUAUCAUGAGGUUUCAGCAGCUCAGUCACAUUUCAGUCUCCAUUUCUAAUUCUAGUUCUCUUACUAUUUCCAAUGCAUCCACAGUUAUUUCCUCCGCUGAAGUCGUUAAGCCCUCAGUCAUCCAUCAGGGUUGGAAUCAACUUCUUCCAAACUCCUUUUAGUGUUGAUAUUUGACCACCUCUCAUGAAUCACAAAUGUUCUUACUAGCAUCUAGAAUGGUGAACCCUUUCCAGAAGGUUUUCAAUUUACUUUGCCCAGAUCCAUCAGAGGAAUCACUAUCUAUGGCAGCUAUAGCCUUUAUGAAAUGUAUUUCUUAAAUACUAAGAAUUUCAAGUAAAAAUUACUCCUUGAGCCAUAGGUUGCAGAGUGAAUGUUGUGUUAUUAGGCAUGAAAACAACAUUAAUCUUCUUGUACAUCUCAGACCUCUUGGAUGACCAGGUGCAUCGUUAAUGAGCGGUAAUAUUUUGAAAGAAAUGUUUUUUUCUGAGCAGUAGAUCUCAACAGUGGGCUUAAAAUAUUUAGUAAACCAUAUUAUAAACAGAUGUGCUGUCAUCCAGUCUUUGUCACCCCAUUUAUAGAGCACAAGCAGGGUAGAUUUAGCAUAAUUCUUAAGGGUCCUAGGAUUUUCAGAAUGGUAAAUGAGCAUUGGCUUCAACUUAAAGUCAUCAGCUAUGUUAGUCCCUAACAAGAGAGCCAGCCUGUCCUUUGAAGCUUUGAAGCCAGGCAUUGACUUCUCUCUAACUAUAAAAGUCCUAAAUGGCAUUUAGCUUAGGCUGAGUUCUCUAGAGAAGCAAAA